UCGUCUUCGUCGUCGGCGUCGUCGGCAACGCGUUCGUGCUGGCGGUGGUCGCGGCGGCAGGAACAUGUGGAACGUUCACAACCAACAUGUUCAUUUUCGAACCUCGCAAUGGCCGACCUCUUCGUCCUCGUCUUCUGUUUGCCCUUCAACCUACUCAACAGCCUCUACGAGAGUUACAUGUUUACUGCUUCCAUCUGCAAGCUGGUCACGUGGCUCCAAGCCGUCAGCGUCACGGUCUCCAUAUACACUCUCGUCGCUAUAUCUCUGGAGAGGUAUAUCGCCAUCUGUCAUUGCAUGACCAGCGUCAAGAUGAUAACGAACGCCGCCGGCGGCGCUACCGUCGCCGUCACGUGGGCCGGCGCCGCUCUGCUCUUCCUUCCUUGGCUCGUCAACUACACGGUGACGUCGACCGUCGACGGGCGCCACCUGGUGACGACGUGCGGCGACGCGUCGGCGGGACACGUCUGGUUCUUCGUCGCCGUCGUUUUCUCUCUCUGCUACUGCGCGCCGCUCGUCUGCAUCGGCGUCUGCUACGCGAGCAUCGCCGCGCACGUGUGGCGCCGCCGCGUGCCCGGCGAGAGCGCGCGCACGCACGAGCGCGCCACCCAGCGGCAGAAGAUCCGACUCGCGAAGAUGGUCGCCGUCGUCGUCGCGCUGUUCGCGCUCUCCUGGCUCCCCCUGUACGCGGUCUUCAUCGGCUACUACGCGGGCGCCAUCUUGGAGUCUCACGCGCUGCACGUCGCCGUGCCGUUCCUGCAGUGGCUCACCGUCAGUAACUCCGCUGUCAACCCCGUGCUCUACGCUUGGCUCAAUGCCAAGUAUCGCCGCGGGUUCGCACUGCUGCUGACCAGCCGGCAGUGUUGCGGACACCUCCGCUGGGAGAACAACCGUCUGUCGUCGUCGUCGUCGACGACGAGGACUAACCGCGACGCGUCGGCAAAGAUAUACGCGUCGGCGAGGCAGUGCAGCUCGCGUGUAUAGCGUAGCGUAGCUGGCGCCGCCGCAGCAUGCGUUGCCGGAGAGACAAGAGUGACGGGAUGACAUGCAUGCCUGCCACCUGGUGGCGAGAUGCGGCACUCUGCUGUAAUCUGACGGGGUGUGUUCGCAGCGGCCCGUUUUUUUGCAUUUUGGCACGAGAGGGCGCUGCACGAUGGCGGCUUAUUAUGGGAUAGCACGCGUACUGCACUUACCCCAUGGGAAUUUGCACAGCAUUUUUGCGGUGGUAUGAAGAUAACAUCAAUGACGUACUCGUUGUUAAUUAAUAUCUUGAAAUAAAUACUAUGUU